UUUAAACUGCUGUCUGCCUGUGCAGCAGCUGAGGAACCGUGGAUUUCAAAUUAUAGACUAAAACCCCAGUAAAAACUGUUCAAAAUCCUUCCUGCAGCUGCCAGGCAACUACGAAAGACAAGGGGUAAAUCCUGUUCUUUUCCAAUACAAUCGAAGCACUACAUUCUAGCUCUGGCUGCUUUACAUUGCAGCUCCGUGUUAUUACUAGAGAAAUAUGGAUACUGAGAAGAGAAUACAGCACUGCAUUGUCCAGCCAGGAAAACAGCAGAUGUAAAAAGCUUCAAUGCAUCAACUGUCAGGAAGAGUCAACAGUGUUCCAAAUAAAAUGGACAACUACAGCUCUUUUGUUUAAAGAGAGAGAGAAAAUGAAAGAAAGGAAAAAUCUCACAAGAUUAGGACCCAUAUGAACAAGGAGGGUAACUCGAAGACAAGCAGACAGAUGGACACUUUGGAUACUGUGAAAAGCAAUCGCAGGAGGCAGACUGUUGGGGGAUGUGCUCAUGUUCGAUAGCAUUUUUUGCUGAAGUGAUGGCGUGCCAAAAGUAUUUUCAGUGGACAUAAUCCUCUCGCCAUAAAUGGUCUGACCAAGGAAGAAUGACUACAAGGGACACGUGACCGAAUUAGAAAAUGAUUACCAAAGAACAGUAUUGAUUCAGGAGAAGAAAACAACAUUUUCAACCAUCAUUAUCUCAUAUCCCAUUACUGGAUAUUUACAUCAUGCUUCAGUGGAGAAGACGACACUGCUGCUUUGCAAAGAUGACCUGGAAUGCCAAAAGGUCUCUGUUCCGUACUCAUCUUAUUGGUGUACUUUCUCUAGUGUUUCUUUUUGCUAUGUUUUUGUUUUUCAAUCAUCAUGACUGGCUGCCAGGAAAAGGUGGAUUCAAAGAAAACCCUGUGACAUAUACUUUCCGAGGAUUUCGCUCUACAAAAAGUGAGACAAACCACAGCUCCCUUCGAAACAUGUGGAAAGAAACGGUCCCUCAGACUCUAAGGCCUCAAACAGCCACUAACUCCAAUAACACAGACCUAUCACCACAAGGAGUUACAGGGCUAGAGAACACACUUAGUGCCAAUGGAAGUAUUUAUAAUGAAAAAGGUACUGGACAUCCAAAUUCUUACCAUUUCAAAUACAUUAUCAAUGAGCCUGAAAAAUGCCAAGAGAAAAGCCCUUUUCUAAUACUACUAAUAGCUGCUGAACCUGGACAAAUAGAAGCUAGAAAAGCUAUUCGGCAAACUUGGGGCAAUGAAAGUCUAGCACCUGGUAUCCAAAUCACACGAAUUUUUUUGUUGGGAAUAAGUAUUAAACUAAAUGGCUACCUUCAACGUGCAAUAAUGGAAGAAAGCAGACAAUAUCAUGAUAUAAUUCAACAGGAAUAUUUAGAUACAUACUAUAAUUUGACCAUUAAGACACUAAUGGGCAUGAACUGGGUUUCAACAUACUGUCCACAUAUUCCAUAUGUUAUGAAAACUGACAGUGACAUGUUUGUCAACACCGAAUAUUUAAUACAUAAAUUACUGAAGCCAGACCUGCCUCCCAGACAUAACUAUUUUACCGGUUAUCUAAUGAGAGGAUACGCACCCAAUCGAAACAAAGAUAGCAAGUGGUACAUGCCACCAGACCUCUAUCCAAGUGAGCGCUACCCUGUCUUCUGUUCUGGAACUGGUUAUGUCUUUUCUGGAGAUCUGGCAGAAAAGAUAUUUAAAGUUUCUUUAAGCAUUCGUCGUUUGCAUUUGGAAGAUGUGUAUGUGGGGAUCUGUCUUGCCAAGUUAAGAAUUGAUCCUGUCCCCCCACCCAAUGAGUUUGUGUUCAAUCACUGGCGAGUUUCUUAUUCAAGCUGUAAAUACAGCCACCUAAUUACCUCUCAUCAGUUCCAGCCUAGUGAACUGAUAAAAUACUGGAACCAUUUACAACAAAAUAAGCACAAUGCCUGUGCCAAUGCAGCAAAAGAAAAAGCAAGCAGGUAUCGGCACCGUAAACUACACUAGAAAAGACGACAAUUUUUUCAAACAUGCAAUCUGUAAAUAUUGCUAAAAGCAUGUGUAGUUAAAACUGAUGACAUUGACAGAACAAGUUUUAGUUGAAGCCCAUCACAUGAAAGAACUCAAAAAAUAUUUUUUUAAUUUCUGAAGAGGGUAAUUCUGAAGACUACAUUAUAUAACAAAAAGGUAUCCAAAAAGAAUAUAUUAAAAAAUGUCUAGGGGGAUUCUGUGUAUUACCAUGCAAUAACAAGCAUGCAUACAUCAAUGGUUCAUGUUUUAUUACAGAAGCCAACAAAACAUAUUUGCGUUUAUUUUCCAUAUAAAUUUUAAUUUAAAAAAGGGAAACCUUCAAAAGACCCUUCAUUUUAGAUUUAAUUUUUUAUUUCAGUAUACAAUUAAAUGUAAAUAAAACUGCUAUCAAUUUUAAGAAAAAGUUUUAAUUGUACACAGGACAAAUUUUUUACCUGGCUAUUUUGAGUUCUAAAAACUAUAUUCCAUGCAAUUAGACUUACUUGAGUUAUGCCACAAAUGCAUUUACUUAUAAAGUUAAAAUGUUCCACCUGUGCAGUUCUCAUUUAAGUAUUUACUCUUUAAAAACAACUAAGAUACUCAUUUUAAUUCCUUUUAUUAAUGCAUAUAUUGGGGGGAACUUACUUUGACAUGACGUGAUAAAUGUGAAAAUCAAUGUGUCUCAGGCUCAAGUUUUAUAAAAAAAGUUAUUAAAUGUUUCAAAAUAGACAAAUUUUGCUUCCUCAAUGGUGUGAAGGGCCAAAUUAGUAUCUCAAUGAGUUAUUAGACCAGUUAGUGCACCUCUUAAAGAGUGCCAACAAUUAACUUCAAGUAUACCUGACUAUAAAAAUAUAUCAUGUUCCUCUAACUGAAGCAAAAUGUGGCAAAAUGAGGAGGUACUGUUGAAAAAAAGAUAAAGAGUGCAGCAGCAAUUUCAUUGAAUGCAUUUUUAAGAUGCAAUGUCUGCCAAACUCCAACAUAUGGGAAGUUUAUUUCCUGACAGCAGGUGUACACAUGCCAACACUUAAUCAUUUUCCGGCACCUAUUUCUUUGUUAGAGUGCCAAGUUUACAAAUCUGGAAUUUUUAAUUUGGUAGAUGACAAAUAUUCUGCAUCACCAAUAAAAACUCUUUUUUGGGGGGAAUGGGGAAAAAACUACAAAUGUUUGAUGAACACUUGAUUCUAGGUUGAACAAUGUAUAUGAUGCACUUUUAUCAAAUUUUUUAAUAAAACAAAAAAAAAGGUAAACAAGAAAAUCUUUA